AUGCUGAGAGGCAUUAGGGAGCAGCCCGAGGAAACUCCUAAGCCAGCCCCCCGGCAAAUCUUCCAGGAGAGGCAGAGGAUCACUGGUCUGCCUUUGUACUUGCAAGGUUACCUGUCUGUCCGGCACUCAAGAUGCCAGGAAUUCACAGCGUAUUGGACAGAACUCAGAGGAACUACACUCUUCUUUUAUGAUGAUAAGAAAGCCCCAACUUACUCACAGAAAUUAGAUAUAUCAGCUUUGAUGUCAGCAACCAGUGUUUAUCCAGAUGAAAAUAACUCUGCACAGUUCAUCCUGAUGCUGCCAAAUGGGGAACUUGAACUGAAGGCCAAUGACUGUGAAUGUGGGAAAGAAUGGAAAGGUUUUAUUCUCACCGUAACAAAGCUGUCAGUUCCACCACAUGAGUCAUUACUACCUGGGCAACUUAGAAGAAUGCAUGAAGUGCUAGAGAAAGAAAAGAAAAGGAUUAUGUGUAACAACUGUCCCAGCACAUCCUUGAGCAGGAAAAGCCCUCCCAGCAGUACACUGACCACUAUGCCAACGUGCUUUUAUGCCGUGUCUCGGCAAGAAGCAAUAGAGAUGUUAGAAAAGAACCCUUCAUGUGGGAAUUUGAUCCUGCGUCCUGGCAGCGACAGUAAGAACUAUGCAAUCACCAUCCGACACAAACUGGAUGCCCCAUGCUUAAAGCACUACAAAGUGAUGUCCACAGGAACAAGUUACAUUAUCAAAUUGGAAAAACAGGUGACACUCCCAAGCCUUCAGGAUGUUGUCAGUUACUUUGUGACCCAAACUCAAGGGAACCUGAAGCCGUUUGUUAUAGAGACGCAUGCUGCUGCAGAGGACCCAGUGUUCUGAAAGAAAGUUAGUUGCUUAAGGCACACACAGGAAGUCUUGCUAAAAGACACAUGCACGAGAAGCAGCACAGGAGCUCCAUACUGUGGAAGGUAAACAGAAGGCAUUCCUCAAGCUAUUCUUUCUCAAUCAACAGAACAUCUGUUCGCCCUAAACCAAGAAUAUGAUGCAGCUUCUCUCAGAGAAACUGCUGAGGUAUGAGGAGGGCAAAUAACCCCAAUUCCUGUGAAAAAAGAAG